AUGCCUUCGCCAUCCGACAUUAAAGACAACGGCGAUUGGACGGUCAUUUACGAUGACCCGAACGACGAUGACCAAAAUGACAAGAAGGAAGAAAAGCCUUCUGGAAGGAGGCAAUCUCUCGCACGAACGUUAUACAUAUCAAAUACCAUGUGCAUCAUGUCCGACGACAAGACUGAGAUAUCAACGGUAGCCGAACUGCUAUCCCCGAAGUUGAAACUACCUCAACUGGGAACUGACUCGGCGGAAAGAGUGUUCCCAGUCCGCUCAGUCGUCUCGUUCGAUUCGACGCCUUCAUCUGCUCUGCAAACACCUUCCCUCGAUAAGCUCGAAACAUCGAUAUCCCCAUUUUCAGACACAUGGAGUGCAGGGAUCACCAAUGAACAAGCGGACCGUCAGCAGAAGAAUCAGAGUCCCUCGGGGAGGAGCGUGAAUUCUGAAAAUGGUGUCUCGAAUAGGCCUGACUAUCUGACUCGACUGCAUCAAAAGAGCGGCGGUGGGAGGGAGACUUAUCAAGGACAAUCUCACGCCAGCGACAAUCUCGACAUUUUGGCACAAUUGAAGAGUACAGUGCAGAAUGGUGGCGAGAUCCUUGACUUCCACAGAACCACAAAGGGGAUAUCCUUCUCGCACGAGGAUGAAGAGGACAUUUUCAUUCAGUCAUUCGGUGCACUCAUCGUGUUGACGGAGUCCAAUGGCAACUUCGAAGUGCAGAUAGUGAGCGACAACUCGGAAGAAAUCAUUGGGCAUUCUCCUGGCAAACUCUUUGAGCUUCAAACGUUUUUGGAUAUAUUGCCAUCCUCGCAACAUAGCAACUUCCUUUCUCAUAUUCAAUUCGUCUUGAGUGAUGCCUACUCUGUCGAGGAUUCUGGGCCCGAGGUUUUCUUCCUCUCCGUCUUAUUAUCGGACGGCUUUACCCAGGGUACUUGGUGCACCGUGCAUACGAGCACAAUAUAUAAGAACUAUGUGAUCUGCGAGCUCCAGCCAGAGGGUCGCAGGACAAUGGAUCACCCCAAUUUUGAGAAUCACGAGAGUCAAACGACCGCAAUAGAUAGUCGGAACUUGGACGUCACUUCUGGGGCAUUCUUCGAGGAUAUCAGUUCUCCUGGAAACCAUGUCGACGCGAAUAACAGACCUGUGCCAGACUCAUCGGAGCUUCUCAAUAGCAUUCCUCGAAUACUCCAGCGACUUGCAAAUGCCCAAACACUGGAGGCACUCGUUCAGCAUACUAUCAACACUUUGAAAAGUCUUGUUCAAUUUGAUAGAACGACCAUGUAUCAUUUUGACAGUGAUCGCAACGGAAUCGUGGUGGCUGAUGCAGUGAAUACUUCGUCAGGGUUAACUUCGUUCGAAGGCAUGCAUUUCCCAGAAUCAACAUUCCCCGAAGGAUUGAAGAAGUUAUACACACGGAGUACUAUAUGCUCCUCUUCUGCUGGAAGUCGGGGCAUUUCAAAGCUUGUGUAUCGAGCUUCCACCAACAAAAGGGCCCUCGACAUGUCAAACACGUAUCUCUCUGCAGCACCCGCGUUCUCAACACCGAACACCAACAAUCCUAUCGAGACAUGCUUGUCAAUUCAAAUCAAUGUUUUUGGCAAGCUUUGGGGUCUUAUAUCAUGUCAGUCCUGUGACAACAGCCAAAGACUUCAUCCCCUUAUCCAGAAAGUUUGUUGGUUUGUAGCCACGGCGGUUUCAAGUAACAUUGAGCGUCUGUCCUACACUUUGCCGUUUCAGCUCCGAGAAUCGAACAUUUCCCCGAGUAAAUUGAGCACACCCCAGGCCAUCAAGACUCCACCCGGCGAUCUUCUCAGUCUUUUUGGGGCGGAUUACGCCGCAGCGUCAAUCAUGGGGGAGGCUAAGAUCUUAGGAAAGCCAGUUGACUCGCAGGAAGUUUUGGCUUUGUUUGAAUACAUGAAAGCCAAGGAGAACGACACUGUGUUUUGGUCUGGAGAUAUCGGUGCCGAUUUUCAGGACCUCAACUACUCGCGUGGCUUUCAUCAUCUUUCUGGUUUGCUGUAUGUUCCUCUUUCAGUGGACGGUCGUGAGUUUAUAAUCUUCUUUCGGGCCGGUUUGGAAAGCAACAGCCUCGCAUCUGGUUUAGACAGAUCGAGUCGACAGCAUGAGUGGUCAUCAGCAGAUUUUGGAAAGGCGUCUGUUCUGUCUUUGCUAUAUCGCACUUUUACCGAUAUAUGGCAAGAGAAGGAGGCGACAAUGCAAAACAACCAGUUGAUGAGGCUUUUACUCGCCAAUUCUGCACAUGAGUUUAGAACACCCCUCAAUGCCAUCAUCAACUAUCUGGAAAUUGUUCUUGAUGGAUCUCUGGAUCACGAAACACGAGAUCACAUUUCUAGAUCUCACUCGGCUUCCAAGUCGUUGGUAUACAUCAUCAAUGACCUUCUGGACCUAACAAAUGCUGAGAAUGGACAACGGCUUAUAAAGGAUGAGGUGUUCGAUCUCUCGGAGACCCUCACGGAAGCAACAGACCUAUUUUGGGAAGAGGCAAGACAGAAACAUGUCGAUCUGCAGGUAGUCCAACAUGCAGCCUUACCUCCCGUCCUCGGAGAUCAACGACGGGUGCGCCAGGUGAUCACAAACUUGAUAAGCAAUGCUAUUCAGCACACAUCCACUGGGGCAGUAACAAUCGAGUCUUGCGUCGUACCAGAGGUCCUAGAGCCAGAUCAUAUUUGCGUCGAAGUGGCAAUACACGAUACCGGGUCUGGGAUGUCCCAGGAGACUGUCGAAACAUUGUUCUGUGAGUUGGAACAAGUGUCCAACAAGGGAUAUAUGCAGAAUCCAAAGUCAUAUGAUGGCAAUGCAAGUGGCAAUGUGUUUGAGACUGACAGUGUUCUUGGCCUUGGCCUCGCACUGGUAGCCCGAAUUGUGCGCAAUAUGAACGGGCAGCUGAGCUUGAAGUCAGAGGAAGGCCAGGGAAGUUGCUUCAAGAUCAGGCUUGCAUUUCCUCUUCCGGAUGAAGAUAGUAGCCAAAAGCAGACCUCUCAUGCUAUGUCAAAUGAAUAUCCGCCGGAAGAUGAAAGAAAACAACACACAAAGCAAAACGCUUCAUCCUCGCGCUGCAUAACAAAUCAUAAAGGUGGUAGUAUUCCAUGCGAAUGUGGUCAAAACUCAGAAUUUGGAUCAGGGGAAUCCAUCGUGAACGUUGAUGUCAACUUGAAAACAGGCGAAUCAAGGAACCUCUCACUUUCUGGCCAACAGCUCGACCAGAGCAACCAGCCAGAUAGGCCAUCCACUAUCUUCCCAAUUCAAGAUCCCAAGCAAUUAUCAGAAGCACGCACAUAUCCGAUCAAACAAACCUCCUCUGGCUCACCAACCACAAGAUCCCAAACCAGCCAGCCCCAAACUCGCCAACCAAGCACCUCUACCACAAUGGACUGGAAUCUUCACGUCCUCAUCGCAGAAGAUGACCCAAUCAACAGCAGGAUUGUCCAAAAGCGCCUCGAGAAAUUUGGCUACACAGUCCACAUGACAAGCAACGGCAAGGAAUGCGCCGCCGCCUACAAAGCGAAUCCCACUCGAUUUGACGCGGUGUUGAUGGAUCUACAAAUGCCUAUUGUCGACGGCCUCGGUGCAACACAGAUGAUACGCGAAUACGAGCAGCAAGAGCUGGCUAAUGAGACCACGCCUGCACCUCGCAUUCCCAUUUUCGCUGUCUCUGCUUCCUUGCUGGAGGAGAACCGGCAGAUGUAUAUGGAUUCGGGAUUUGAUGGGUGGGUUUUGAAGCCAAUUGAUUUCCAGAGAGUGGAUCGAUUGCUCGGGGGUGUUAGGCUUCAGUGGGUGCGGGAGGAGAUUGUCUAUCGGCCUGGUGUGUGGGAGGCCGGAGGGUGGUUUGAGGCAUAA